UUAAACACACAGAUUUUCGUCCCCCGGACAAAAUACCCGGUCGGGUAUUUAGCCUCCACGACCGAGGGGCCUUCUGCUCAAAGGAGACCGAUUGCUGCCAAAAUACCCUAUCGAUGUCCCAAAAUACCCGGUCGGGUAUUUGACUUCAUUGGCCGGGUAUUCCCCUCCGCCAAGCUUUCUUCCGCUGCUUGGACUCGCAUCACAAACACUCUACGGUUCGAGGAUGGAGGGAGAAUGAGAUGUAUGAUGAUAUAGAUCAAGAACCAACUUUUUUAAAACAUCUCUAUUUGACUUAGUUGUACAAGCGAGCGAGAUAAAUAAGUGUGUUCAUAAUUCACCUCUUCCAUAUAUUCACUUAUAAGAAAUUAGCCUUAAAAAGUUGUAACAGCACUUAAUUUGUCCACAUGAUGCUUAAGGUUACAAUAUAUAUGCUCUCGACCUUAUAUUAACUAGCACAUCAAAGAGUUCUCAGCCAAACAUAAAUCGAGAACAUUGAAUGCAACCUGAAAAUCUUGGAAUCUGGCGGCCAAAAUGUUCAAUUGAAAUCAAACUAAUAUGAAUUACUAGAAUGAGUAUACCGGAAAAUACUGAUACAUUAGAGCUUCAUUCCUAAAAUUUGAAUAGUCGAUAGCAUCAAGCUCUAAAAUAUUACAAACAUAGCUUACAAAAGUUGCGAGCUAAAAGCAUUUAUGAAAUGAAUCGGUAACAUUACAUUAGUAAGAGUUUGAUCUCAUUGUUUUGUUGUUAUUUUCAUCUUUACCUUAAUCAACAAGGUUCCUCUUCGUGAAAGUAAGGAAAUGGGAACGAACAAUCGAACAAAAACAGAAUGCAGGACAAAUUCGUCAAUUAGAGAGAAUGACGAGAGAGAAACAGAGAGGGGAAAGGAAACAAAGCAAAGAGGUGAACAAUAAAGAAAAGAAGAAAACAAAACCCCAAGCAUUCAUUUCUCCUUCUUGUCAUCUUCGAUAACCUCCAAAUUCAGGCCCCCAUUACCCCUUUACCCACCCCAAUCCCCAUCCUCCUCUCUCCUUUACCUUCUCCUUCUUCUUCUUCUUCUUCUCCUUCUCCCCUCACCCACUCUGCCAUUCAUUCCUCCCUUCUUCAAUCCCUCGUCAUUUCCCUUCUCCCUCUGCAACACCUCAACUUUCCCCCCUUUUCCCCUCUCUCAUCUCCCACCAUGAAGCGCUCUCUCGAGGCCGAUUCAGGUUCCGAAUCAAAGAAAAUCAGGCUCCAGGAGGAUGAAAUUGCGGCAGAUUCACCCGAUUCGGGAACUGGGUUCAUGAAUUUGGACGAGAAUCUGCUGUACGAGGUGCUGAAGCACGCCGACGCGGCGACCUUGGGCCGGGCGGCCUGCGUGAGCAAGCAGUGGCACCGGACCGCACAGGACGAGCGGCUGUGGGAGCUGAUCUGCACCAAGCACUGGGCUAACAUCGGCUGCGGCAACACCCAGCUUAGAUCCGUGGUGCUCGCCCUCGGCGGGUUCCGCCGUCUCCACUCCCAGUACCUCUGGCCUCUCUCCAAGCCCCAAUCCAGCAGCUCUGCUUCUGGGUCGUCGUCGUCGGCGUGGGCUCCCUUCCCGCCGAUGAUCGGCGCGAAGCCGCCGGCGAGGUGGGGGAAAGACGAGGUGCAUCUUUCCUUGUCGCUACUCUCAAUUCGGUACUACGAGAAGAUGAAUUUUGGUAACCGCGGCAGGUAGAUGAACCAGCGGUUCACCAACUCCAAUUAUUAUCAUUACCACCCAGCUUAAAUAUAUAUAGGAAGAAGAAGAAGAGGAAGAUGGCUUUUUUCUUCUUUUUGGCUACUGAAACUCUCAAUUUUUUUAGGGGUUUGCUUCUGUUUGUUUUUGGGGCUUCUCAUGGUGAACGAUGUUCCCUGUUACUGUUAAAGAGUGCCUGUCUAAAUUUGCCUAGAGAGAAAUUUGGGGACUUUAGCCUUUUGCUUGGUUUUGGGUUUGUUUCUUCUUUGUCUUGAGAUUUUUUGUAAUGUAAUCUCCUCUUAACCUAGUAGCUCCAGUGUUGUUGUAAUGUAAGCUCUGUUCAUGAAAUGAAAUUGGGCUCUGUUCCCAUUGAAUCUGAAUUGAGUUAAGAAGAGAGCAGGCCGUAGAAGCAACUGUGCUUAACUGCAUAUAGUUAUAGCCUUUUCAGUCAUUGACGACUGAAGAGGCAGAAGCAUAAGCUCGUUCCGGUGUGGAUGUUUGCUUCAUCUUUAGCAGGAAAGGGGCAAUGGCGGAAUAUGGAAAGGGAUUUUGAUUGGAGAAGAGUAAGCACGAACAGAGAGAGCCAAAAGGAGGGGGGUGAAUGGGUCCAGAAUAUGGUUGGAGUGGGAAGGAAAAGGAAGGAUGUCUGGCUGUCAGAUACAAUGUCCAUCCAUCUAUCAAUCUUUCUAAUCUCUGCCUUCAUUUUCCAGGGUAAUUUUUGUAAUGGCGUGAUUGUAUUGUAACAAAGGUAAGGAGAUGGGACAGCUUUAUGGUAAGGUGGAGUGAAUAUGCCUACUUUUUGGUGGGAUUAGGAGGGUUGUCGUGUUUUGGCAGUAGAGUUAAAACUCCACCACUGUGCAUUUCGGUGGGGUUGGUUUGGUUCUUCUGCUUGACCAUUUCUUCUGCACCCUUUUGUGUAUGGAUGGGUAUGGUGCAGAAUCGUAAUUUAGAAGCAAUGGAGCAGUUGAAUCAAUGAUGUGCACCAUUGAAAAUUCUUUUGUUAGGUCUAGGAAACAUAAUUUUCAGAAAAUGAAGGUCCAAGAGACAUUUUCUAGGAACGAGAAGACUACUAUAUAGAAGUUAGAGGAAGAUUAUGAUGAAGCCCAACAUAGUCAUUGCGCCGAGGUACUCUCAGUCUCUCAUGUUGUAUCCGUUGUCUUAAAGGAUCGCAAAUUUGACUCAAUAGUUGGAUCGGAAGAAUUGAGAAGUCAGCUCAUUAAUUGAGCGUUGCUGGUCAUUCAUUUCAGAACAUCUUUCUUGCUUGGAUACGAAGAAGCACAGGUCGCUGCAAACUGCCAUUCAAGCUUGCAGUGAGUCUAUUCCCUUCAUCAUAGAUACGAAAUUGGAAAUCUCAUAGGGAAAAGUUUAUGGCAUUGAAUCGUAUGAGGAAUGGACGGAGUUAGAUUUGACUUUUUUUUCAUUGUAGGCACGGAUACGUGUAAACUUAGUGAAAAGAAGGAAUUGGAAUGGACUAGUUUUGUGUAUGGAUGGGUAUGGUUGAGAAUGAUAAUUUAAAAAGAGAUAGGCAGUAGAAACAAUGAUGCACACCUUUGAAAAUUCUUUUUGUUAGAAUAUGAUUUGAAUUUGAUUUGGGUUUGUUUUGUGUUUUGGGCCUAUUUUGUUUGAGUUUGUAUUUGAGUUUUGUUUUGACCUUUUUCCUUGUAUGUUUGGGAAAAGGUGUUUGGUUUUCUGUUUGGGAUUAGGAGAAGAGUUCUAUAAAUACUCUUCAUCACCCUAGUCUGUAGUGGGGGUCAGUCAGGUUAGUUUGUUUGGUUUGUCCGUUUGGAAUUCGGUUUGUAACUUGUACUCUCCUCAAAUCAGUGAAAUUUGUUCCCCCUGCCCGUGGAUUAGCUAGCACACAUUGUGUUAAUGAACCACGUUAAAUUUG